AUGGAUAAUGUUGAACAGGAAAUGUAUACUGGAAGUCGAGAAUUAGAAGAAACUGAAUUUGCUACACCUAGUGUGAAUCCGUUAAAUAAUCAAUCUCCUAACGUAGGGAGAGAAAGAAAUACCUCACAAGUGUUAAGAGAUAUAGCUGAUGCAUUACAGCAUAUAGUGAGAGCUAUACCUGCUACUACAUCUGUACCUAUUGUCAGACAGGCCCCGAUUAAAGAGCUACGAAAAUAUGGUGCCACGGAAUUUCAGGGAUUAAAAGGAGCUGAUCCAUCUGUUGCUGAAAAUUGGAUAGAAACAACAAAAAGAGUUUUGCAACAAUUAGACUGCACCCCCCGAGAGAGUCUGAUAUGUGCUGUAUCACUGUUACAAGGAGAAGCGUAUCUCUGGUGGGAAUCUGUGGUUAGACAUUUGCCGGAUGAUCAGGGGAAUAUGUCAGUAUUGGAUUAUGAGCGAGAGUUCUCUAGAUUGAGCAGGUAUGCUUUAGAAUAUGUUCCAACCGAGGCUGAUAGUUGUAAACGAUUUCUACGGGGACUACGAGAUGAAAUCAAGAUUCAAUUGGUAAGUCUCAGAAUUACUGAAUUUGUUGAUCUGGUCGAGCGAGCAAAAAUGAUAGAACAAGUACUAGGCCUGGAUAAAAAAUCAGAAAUUGGUAAAUCAGUUGGGAAACGUAUGGGAACUACUAGUUCUAAUCCAUUACCGAAGAGAUUCAAAGAAUCAAGAAGUGACUGGAAAUCUAGUUUUAGUUCAGACAGAGGUGGUAGAAGCAGAGGUAAACAGAUGACAGUAACUACUAGCAGUGUGAGAGGUUCAUCUCGAGGUGUAGAAAUUCCAGACUGUGAGCACUGUGGAAAGAAACACAGAGGAGAAUGUUGGAAAGUAACUAGAGGUUGCUUCAGAUGUGGCUCUACAGACCAUUUUAUCAGAGACUGUCCGAAUACCGAUAGUGCUGCACCUGUAUCAUCACAAAGAUCGAUAUCUCUUGCUAGAGGCGAGGUCGGUAGAGGUAAUUCGGCUUCGGAGGAGGUCUUUGGUAGAAGGAGCGUUGAUAUUGCUACUCGACAAUCUGAAGCCAGAGUACCAGCUAGAGCUUAUGUGGUCAGAAAACGAGAAGAAGGCGAUGCACAUGAUGUUGUUACAGAUGUAUUCCCAGAAGAAUUACCGGGCUUACCACCUGACAGAGAGGUUGAAUUUGCUAUUGAGGUGCAUCCAGGUACAACACCAAUUUCUAUACCUCCGUAUCGAAUGUCGCCCACUGAGUUGAAAGAGUUGAAGGUGCAGUUACAAGAUUUACUAGAUCGUGGAUUUAUUAGGCCAAGCAUUUCACCCUGGGGAGCUCCAGUAUUGUUUGUUAAAAAGAAAGAUGACGAGGCGAACAUGAUCAGCAUCUUGAAUAGUUCUACAAAUUUUACGAGAAAAACAGCUAUAUGGAAAGCUCAAGAAUGCGAGUUCUGGUUAUCAGAAGUGGUAUUUCUGGGACAUGUAGUAUCUGCAGAUGGAAUCCGAGUUGAUCCUAAAAGAUCGAAGCAAUUAUUCAGUGGAAGACGCCAAAGAAUGUAUCGGAGGUACGCAGUUUUCUUGGUUUAG